AUGAACCUCCAUAUGCUGCAUCUGCUAGCUUCUCCGCUACGUCGCUUCUCCGCUACGUCGCUUCUCCGCUACGUCGCUUCUCCGCUACGUCGCUUCUCCGCUACGUCGCUUCUCCGCUACGUCGCUUCUCCGCUCGCUUCUCCGUCACGUCGCUUCUCCGUCACGUCGCUUUUCCGUCACGUCGCUUUUCCGUCACGUCGCUUCUCCGUCACGUCGCUUCUCCGUCACGUCGCUUCUCCGUCACGUCGCUUCUCCGUCACGUCGCUUCUCCGUCACGUCGCUUCUCCGUCACGUCGCUUCUCCGUCACGUCGCUUCUCCGUCACGUCGCUUCUCCGUCACGUCGCUUCUCCGCUACGUCGCUUCUCCGCUACGUCGCUUCUCCGCUACGUCGCUUCUCAGCUACGUCGCUUCUCCGUCACGUCGCUUCUCCGUCACGUCGCUUCUCCGUCACGUCGCUUCUCCGCUACGUCGCUUCUCCGCUACGUCGCUUCUCAGCUACGUCGCUUCUCCGUCACGUCGCUUCUCCGUCACGUCGCUUCUCCGUCACGUCGCUUCUCCGUCACGUCGCUUCUCCGUCACGUCGCUUCUCCGUCACGUCGCUUCUCCGUCACGUCGCUUCUCCAUCACGUCGCUUCUCCAUCACGUCGCUUCUCCGCUACGUCGCUUCUCCGUCACGUCGCUUCUCCGUCGCUUCUCCGUCACGUCGCUUCUCCGUCACGUCGCUUCUCCGUCACGUCGCUUUUGUCAAAACGAUAACUUUGUACAAUUGUAGAAAGGGAGACAUAGCCUUGAGGUUAAGCAUCGCCUGCGCUGAGUGA